GCUAACACAGAUAAAUUCCAUCUCCAAAAUUUUCAACCACUUCGAAAGAACCAGAGAGGAAGAGAUGAAUGGUUUCAAGGAGGGGGAAGAAGAAGCAGGGCAGCAGAACAUGGGGGCCCAGAAGAAGCAGCAGCAGCAGAAGAAGAAGAGGGUUUGUGAUUACUGUGGAGUUUCCAUGGCUCUGCUUUACUGCAGAGCCGACUCUGCUAAGCUGUGUUUCUCUUGUGACAAAGAAGUCCACUCGGCUAAUCAGCUUUUCGUGAAGCAUACGAGGUCACAGCUCUGUGACGCUUGUGAUGAAGCCUCUGCUUCUAUAUUUUGCUCCACUGAGAGCUCUGUGCUGUGUCAGAACUGUGACUGGGAAAGGCAUAAUCUGUCGUCGGCGACGGUGCACGAUAGGAGGCCGGUGGAGGGGUUUACUGGGAACCCUGGGUUGAAUGAGCUUUUGGCUUUUGUGGGGUUUGAGAAUUUGGAUAAGAAGGGUUUGGUGUUUAGUGAGGAGAGUAGCGGUGGUGGUGGUGAUGGUGGUGGGUUUGAUGGGUCUGGGCUUGAUGAGUCGCUGGGUUUGUGUGAUGGUUUUUCGGAUUUUCUGGUUUGGGAAACUCCCUCUGUUGUUAGUCUUGAUGAUUUGAUUGUUUCCAAUCCGGGUCAUAAGUUUCAGGCUAUGGGGGUUCCCCCUCUGCCUAAGAACCGGAAUGCUAAGUGUGGACGACAUAAGGAAGAGAUACUGAGUCAGCUUCGGGUAGUAGCGAAGUCGGAACCCAAUUUGAUGAAUGAGGAUGUGGAUCUUAAUUCCUUCAUGAGUUUCCAAUCACCGGAGACUGAGCAACAUAUGCAAUCAGGGGGUUUCUGUACAAGUUUCGAACAGCUUGCAUUUCCUGCUUAUGAGGCACAAGAGUUUGAGGCUAAUGAUUGUGGCAAGUCAAGUGAAGAUUUUUUCCAUAAAGGAUUGAAGAGAAGCUACCUUCAGGACUGUUCUAUGGUUCCUGAUUUAAAUUCUAACAAUGAUGGCACUGCGAGUCAUGCUAGUGAUGGUUUUGGAGGGCAAAUGAUUUGUGAAGCCUCUUCAGCUUACCCGAAAGUUCCUUCACAUGAAUGUACUAUAAAUAGGGAGUCUGCUCUCACAAGGUACAAGGAGAAGAAGAAAACAAGGAGGUAUGAUAAGCACAUCAGAUAUGAAUCACGGAAGGUUCGGGCAGAAAGUAGGACAAGAAUUAAGGGACGUUUUGCAAAAAUAGAUAACUGAAUGAUAUGGUAAUUUGAUCAUGAGUGGGUCUAGAAGGUUUGUACUGAGAGGUGGACAAGAUUUUAUAACAUUUUGCAAGGUCAUGGAAGCACUGGUAUGAAGUCCUACCAAAAUGCUCCUUACAGUUAGUUUAGUUACUAGCUACUAAUCUUGUA